CACAGGCCUGGAGAACCAACUCAAACUAAUGUCCAUCUGAAAGGUCGUGACCUUCUAACUCUGCAAAAUUACACAGCAGAAGAAAUAAAGUAUUUGCUAUGGGUCGCAUCAGAUUUGAAACAAAGAAUAAAGCACAAGGGAGAGGAUUUACCUUUGAUGCAAGGAAAAUCUUUAGCCAUGAUUUUUGAAAAAAGAAGUACAAGAACUCGACUAUCCACAGAAACAGGUUUUGCUCUCCUUGGAGGACAUCCUUGUUUUCUUACAACACAAGAUAUACAUUUGGGCAUCAAUGAGAGUCUCACAGAUACUGCACGGGUGUUGUCUGGCAUGACAGAUGCAAUCCUGGCCCGAGUUUAUAAACAAUCUGAUCUGGACCUGUUGGCAAAAGAAGCCUCAAUCCCAAUAAUCAAUGGCUUGUCUGAUUCAUACCAUCCUAUCCAAAUUGUAGCUGAUUACCUUACACUUCAGGAACACUAUGGCCACCUGAAUGGGCUUACCAUAAGCUGGAUUGGUGAUGGAAACAAUGUGCUCAACUCCAUCAUGAUGAGUGCUGCUAAACUUGGGAUGCAUCUGCAUGUUGCUACUCCAAAGAGUUUUGAGCCAGACCAUAGGAUCAUUAAAAUAGCGGAACAGUAUUCCAAAGAGUAUGGCACCAGAUUGCUUCUCACAACUGAUCCCUUGGAAGCUGCAAGUGGAGCCAAUGUUUUAGUUACAGACACCUGGAUAAGCAUGGGACAAGAACAAAAAAAGAUAGAGAGACUGAGAGCUUUUCAAGGUUAUCAGAUCACAAUGCAGACUGCAAAAGCUGCAGCUUCCGACUGGACAUUUUUACAUUGCUUACCAAGAAAGCCAGAAGAAGUUGAAGACAGGGUAUUUUAUUCUUCACGGUCACUGGUUUUCCAGGAGGCUGAAAACAGAAAAUGGACAAUUAUGGCUGUCAUGGUUUCCCUCUUGACGGAUUACUCACCACAGCUACAAAAGCCUACAUUUUGAUGUUUGGGUUCCUGCCAAGAAAAAUAUUCCUCACCAGCAGAAUAUACUGGUCCACACAUAUAUAAGUCUGUUUCAGAAAGAAUCAAACCAAUGAAUUAUAACUCAGUAAAACUGCAUAGUUGGCUCUGCUGAACUGUAUAAUAUUGCUUUGCACUUGUGAAAACCUUUGAGAUGAUGUGCAGCAUUGCAAAAACAGUUCUUUUUGUAGGUGCUUUAUUUUCUGUUGCCUUUGUUUUGAUUAGCAUCUCCUGAGUUUUACAAAAGUGUAGUUUAACCAAUAGAUUCAACAGCAUCAUUGGUGAUGAUU